AUGGAUCUCCUCUUCCAGAAAUCCCUCACCGACGUCAUCAAAUCCCUCCGCUCUGCCCCCUCCCCCGCCGAAGAGGCCAAGAUCCUCGCGAAAGCCCUCCGCGAUGUGCGGCGCGAAGUUAAGUCCUCGGAUCCGCGCAGCAAGGCGGCAGCACUAGAGAAGCUCCUAUACCUGCACAUGCUGGGGCAGGCGGGCGGCUCGGACAUCGCGUGGGCGGCGUUCCCGUCCGUCGAGGCCAUGGGGUGCCACCGCAGCUUCGCCGUUAAGUACGUCGGUUACCUCGCCGCCGCACAUAGUCUCUCCGCGGCGCCUGACGUGGCGGUUCUCGCGACGCACCAGCUGCGGAAGGACCUGACCGGGCAGCACCCGCACGACGCGUCGCUCGCGCUCUCGUGCAUCGCUUCGGCGGCGCCGCCGGGGCUGGCGGCGGAGCUGACGACAGAAGUGGUGGCGCUGCUGAACGGCACGCGCGUCGCGGGGCGGCGCAAGGCCACGCUGGCGAUGCUCAGAAUCGUGCACCAGCAGCAACAACAUCAGAUGCAGAUGCAGCAUCAAAGUAGAGCGAGCGGGGGGGUAGGGGGAUUAGGAGAAGCGGGUGAUGACGACGAGCUGCCUGCGCUGCUCGCGAGGCUCGCGGAGCGCCUUCACGACAGCGACAGGGCAGUGGUAACCGCCGUGGUGUCGCUGGUGUGCGAAUUAGUCCUGCACGAACAACACCAACGAAGCACCAGCAGCAGCACCCCUGUAGACCCAACCCUCCAAUCCGGCCCUUCACAAGCACAGCAAACCCAGCAGCAGCAGCGCGCGGCCUCGGGCAAGCCACUACCGUCCAAGUACCUGCCUCUGGCGCCCGAUCUCUUCCCGCUACUGCACCCGUCGUCGUCCCCCUGGCUGCUGAUCAAGCUCGUGAAGACGUUCGCCGCGCUCGCCGCCGCAGAGCCCCGCGUGGCGCGCAAGGUGGCGGAGCCCCUGGCCGCGCUGCUGCGCGCCACGCCCUCCAAGUCGCUGCUGCUCGAGUGCGUGCGCGCCGUCGCGCUCAGCAUGCGCCACGUGGACUCCCUGCGCCAGCUCGCCAUCCGCGUGGCCGCCACGAGGCUAGUGGCGAACGAGCCACUGGCCUUGGAUCCUGGCGCGGGCGGCGCGGGAGGCAGUGCAGGCGGCAGUGCUGGUGGUGCAGCGGGCAGCAGCAGUGGCAGCAGUGCGGGUGCUACAAGCUCAGCGGCGCCUGCAGCAGCAGUGGUGGGAGCGCACGACGCGAACGUGCGGCUGCUGGGACUGAGAGCACUGGAGAUGUUCCUCCCACACCACGCGCUUGACGUGCUGCGCUUCAAAUCCGCCAUCAUCGCAUCAUUAGACGACGCAGAUCCGGCCGUUCAAUCCGCAGCGCUGCGCCUGAUCACAGCGCUCGUCACGCGCCCGUCGCUCGUGCCGUCGGUGGCGGCGCUGCGGCAGCGCAUGGCGGGGGCGGCGGCGGCGCGCAGCCCGCUGUGUGGCGAGCUGGUGACGGCCGUGCUGCAGAUGUGCGGCGCGGGGGGGUUUGAGCGCGUGGCGGAUUUUGUGUGGUAUGUAGACGUGCUCCAGGAUAUUUGCUACGUGGCUGUUGUGGGUGGGGGUACUUCCACUGCCAGCCUCGCCCUGCCCUCACACGCAAGUGCAGGUGCAGCAGCAGCAGCAGCGGACGAGAGCGUGUGGUCACUGGCACCCCCGGGAGGCACAUCAGACAGUUCUAGUGGGUACGGUCGCAGAAUGAGUGGUGGCCCCGGUCUCUCUCACGCCUUCUCAGCCGGAGCAGCAGUGGCAGAAGCAUGGGCGGGCAGUGAGAGGGGCAGGGAGGUGGGGCGGCACCUGGUGGCGGUAGCUCUAGGGUCACCCGUGCCGGUGGCAGAUAGACCGCGAGUGAGGGCAGCAGCGCUGCACCUGGCGUUGCGUCUGGUGGGGGACACAGCGCUGCUGAGGAGCAGGGCGGGCGGCGACCACGUGCUGGCUGCUGCAGCGUUCCUCCUGGGCGAGUGUGCACACGAGCUGCUGCCCAGGACUGGGGAUGCUGCGGCUGCAGGGGCGCGUGAGGGCAGCAGCAGCACUGGCACUGGCACAGCCACACUCUCCGAACUAUCUCAAUCUCCACCAGAAGGCCCACCAGCAUCAAGAUCAGAAUCAGGAGGUGCCUCGGAGUCGUCUCUGUCGUCUCUGCUCGCGUCCCUGCUGCAGCCCAGCGUGCUGCUUCUACCCCCGGCAACCCAGGCUGUGUUCCUACAGGCCGCCCUCAAGGUGCUCCUCUCCCUCACCGCCCAAGCCACAGCCACACGCCUGCUGCCAGGGGCAGCACCAGCAACUGGGAGCAGCCUGGGAGAACGUGGAGAAUCGCCAGGCGCAGUGUCUAGUGGCGGAUGUGCGGUGGAAGAGAGAGAGGCGCGGUGGGCAGUGGCAGCAGCGGCAGUGGCGGAGGCAGCAGGAGCGAGGGGGAGCGGAGUGCAGUGGGUGGUGGGUGUGCUGGAGGAGGGUCGUGAGCGGCUGCUGCCGUUCCUGCAGUCCCCUGAUGCAGAUGUGGCUGACAGGGCCUGCAAUGUGGCUGCUCUGCUGGACCUGCUGCUGCCACUGCUGCUGCAAUCUGCACGCGCUGAAAGGCAGGUUAGGCCGGAGGGGGAGGGAAGAGGAGGGGCAGCAGGAGAAAGUGAAGUUCUUGGGAACACUGGUGAGGCAAAGGCGAUGGAUGGGGGAUAUGCAGGCUCGGAUGGGAAUGAACGGCAGAGGCAGCAGCAGUUGGAGCAGCAGUUGCUGAUGCUCCACACCUUGGCCUCGCUCUUCCCCGCCGCCCAGCCUGAUCAAUUCGACGCGCCCGCACCCCACCCUCCUCGUGCCCUCAUGCCUCUCACAGCUAAAGUCGCAGCAGUGGGAGCAGCAGGCAAGCAGCAGCUGCUGCGAGCUGUGGAGAAAGCAGCAGCGGCGAUGGGAGUAGGGCCUCCUGGUGCCAUGCCUCGUGGCAGCACCAGUGGCGAUGCUUCUGGUGCUGCUGCUGCUGCUGCUGCUGGUGCUCUGGCAUGGCUAGACGCUUUUGGGCAAUCAUCACACGAUGAGUCGUGGGAUUCCGGCAUUCUCUUCGUGCGCUCGCUGCCACCCCGCUUCCUGCCCACCCCCUCCAUCCCCUCUUCCUCGUCUGCCAUUCCUGGCAGCAGGGCUGCAGCAGCAGCAGCAGGAGGGGCAGGAGCGGCGCUGCAUGGUGCUCUGGGCUACUCUGUGCCUGGACAAUCGAUGGGUGGAGGGGGAGGAGGGGGAGCAGGCGGUGCGAGUACGGCCCAUCAGGUGGGUGGUAGCACGGAAGGCAGCACAGAGGAGUGGCGCAAGCGCAACAGCCUCUUCUACCUGCCGUCAGGGGGCUCCCCCAAGGCAGAGGGCAGAGGCAAGGAGGUGCAGAGCAGGGAAGGGGAGGGCAGGGGCAGUGCAGGGGGUGCGGAGUUUCCUGCUGCUGCUGCUGCUGCUGCUGUGUCGAGUGUUUCAGGGAGAGGAGAUUUCCCGUCGGCCGUGGGUGACUAUGACUACCCGCCUGCAGUGGGUGACGAGGUUGUUGCGGAGUUCCUUCCGUCGAGGGGGUCUGGAGGAGGAAGCAAGCGAGCGUCACAGUUCGCCGCCGCGGAGCCCUCUCCUCGCGAGUCUGCCUCCGGAACUGCCUCCGCCCGACGGCAGGCAGUCCGUGUCGCCUCCGCCGCUGCCGCUGCCGCUGCCGCUGCCGCUGCCGCUGCUGGUGUUGCCCCCGCAGGUGCAGCAUUUACCGCCGCUGCUGCCGCAGGCGAUGCCGUGGGUGGGCGCAGAGGGCAGGCGCUCACAGGCGCAACGAGCAAAGCGCAGCUGCUGCUGCGGGGAGGCUGGCGCGGCGCACAGCGGAAGGCGGGGAGCGGUGGGCUCUGGGACGGCGGUGAGAGCGCGCGUGAGUGGGGCGCGAGGGAGCGUGCAGCGGAACAGCAGAUGCUGAGACUCGCGGACAAGACUUUUGAGCGCAACGAGCAGCGGCGGCAGGCGUGGGCGUGGGAGCGCAAGCAGGCGAUCUCAGCAGGGCGAGAGGAUGAGGCGCAGGGGGGCACAGAGGCCACGCUGUCACAGCUCAUCCCCACAUACCCCUGCCCCAGGGAGCAGCGCCUGGGGGUGUGGGCCAAUGGGGGCAAGUGGCUAUGUGCAGUGCGGUCAGCCUUCCAGCGCCAUCCAGUGGUCUACAGCAGCAUGGGCAGCAACGAGGAGUUCUCCUUCGAGCAGGACAUCGGUGCCCUCCUGCACACCACGCCUCUCACCUUCGACCCCUUCGUGCCGCCCUCCUUUGCUGACUUCAUGAACCAAACCCUCCACUGCCUCUCCUUCUUCUCCACCGGCCUCUCCUCCCAAGCAAGCCUCGAGAAAACCCGCGCAGCGAACCCCGAGCAGGAGUUUUUGACGCUGCCCGAGAUGAUGGCGCAGCACGGGCAUGCGUAUGUGGACGUGUUGAAGCUGGACUGCGAGGGGUGCGAGGAGGAGGUGCUACUGGAACUGGGCUCUACUGUAUACCCCUCCCAGCUACCCCGCGUGGUGAGGGGGAGAGGGUUCCACCGGGUGAACGACUCAUCAGCGACGCUGGCAGUGGUGCGGCAUGUGGAGCAGCUGGGGUACCGCCUCUUCCACGUGGAGCCCAACCCCACCGCGCCUGCGCACUGCGUGGAGUUAGCAUUCAUCCACAAGCGCCUCGUUGCCAUUUGA